AUGGCAAGCAUGUUGCUUCCUCCAGGCUUUCGCUUUCAUCCUACUGAUGUUGAGCUGGUUAUGUACUACCUUAAAAGGAAGGUAAUGGGAAAGAAGCUCCAUUUUGAAGUCAUCUCGGAGCUCAACAUUAACAAAUUCUUUCCAUGGGAGCUCCCAGAUAAAUCAUGUCUGAGAAGUAAGGAUCGCGAGUGGUACUUCUUUUGCCCUAGAGAGAGGAAGUAUGCAAGUGGGUCGAGAAUGAAUCGUGCAACUGAAAAUGGAUAUUGGAAAGCCACCGGACAAGAUAAACAAGUUCUUUACAACGAGCAAACUGUGGGAAAGGUUAAAACUUUGAUUUUUCACAAAGGACAUGCUCCACGAGGAGAAAGAACAAAUUGGGUUAUACAUGAAUAUAGACUUGAAGACAAAAUACUGGCUGAUGCAGCCAUUGUUCAGGAUGCAUAUGUGCUCUGUAAAGUUUUCAAGAAGAAUCGUCUGGGACCAAACAAUGGUGCGCAAUAUGGAGCACCAUUUAAUGAGGAAGAAUGGAAUGAUGAUGAAGACAUCAGUGCGGAAUCUUUACUAUCUGAUGGAUCUACCCUUUUGGUGCCUGAUAAACAGAAGAAUGCUGUGGUGACGAGCACAAUUGUUCCUGGAAGUACAUAUAGCUGGUCAUUAUCCGAACCAGGUCCAUCUUCAGCUGUGCCUUCUGCUACAAAGGUUCCGGUAGAGGUCCCAGAUGAUGAUUAUAUUGAUUCAUGGUUGGCAAUGUUCACAGAAGAUAGUGUUCCUAUUGAGAAUGACAAUAACGAAGAGCUUGAUAAGGCCGAUGGUGUAACUUGUUCGGGUAGAGAUGAUAUAUACAAUGGCUUAGGGGACCUGAAUGAAGGUGGAUCCAAUUUCUCUAGUAUUUGGGAAGCUAGCCUUGUGCCUCUGGAAGAUAAUCCUGAUUUUUUGGAGCUAAUGGAUCUUGAUGUUCCAUUAAUUUCUUCUGAAGCUACUGGAUCCAAACAAACAUCAACUGACAACUUAUGUGCACGCGACAACUAUUGCAGUGAUUUUGAACAAUGUCACGGAGGCAUUUUUCCAGAUUCUAUUCAGCAUGUUUCUGGCCUGAGUCAACCGUCCAUGUUACUCGAAGGAUCUAACAUGCAAGAGGGACUUUUUGAUGUAUUUCAGGAAAAGGCUAAUGGGAAUAAUGCAAAUCAGCGAUACAAUGAUAUGUCCAAUGUGGAUUUUGCUUCUUGCAGACCACCAGAGGGGAAUAGUGAUACUGCACAAAACCAUGAAGGAGAGCAGCAAAGAAAACUUUACUCAAGGGUCCAACUGUUGUUGGAGUCUAUGCAUAUUCCUCCUGCCUCAGCUGUAGAGCACCUUGCUCCUACAAAUUCUUAUGGUGGCUCCUCCAUCCUUGUCAAGGCCGAGGUGACGCGUGGCGUUGUUGUGUGCACUGAGGACGCUUUGUCAAUUAAGUUGGGGGAGUCUACUCGUGAGCACGGCUGUGGGUGCAACAUGCCUAGGGCAGAUUUGGGGAAGAAAAGGACUCAUUGCAGAAGUGGGUUUGUUUUUUGUCUUUUCUUUAAGGUUUAUUUCGGUUACAAUGUGGCUUUUCAGCAUUCCACUUUUGACCAAACUGGGCAGGUACGCAGGGAAUUCUAUUUUGCUUUGAAGUAA